AUGUACGAAGAUGCGUGGUACAACUUUGACUUCCAGCACAAGAGGAAUCCCUCGCAGAGUCAUGGACACAAAAGAAAAGAGUCCUUGUUGCAGCAACCGAAUGGCGUGAGCCAGCCGGGAGAUGCGACUGAACCAUUAGAAGAGCUGUUUGAGGACGAGGCAGACCCGAACACCCCGGCCGAAGCAACUAUCGCCAGAAGAGCCAAGUCAUAUUCCGACUUCCACGACCUUGUCCGAGAGCAUCCGGUCACACAAAGCUCGGAACGGAGGAGAGCUUCAAGAAAGCAAGACAGAUAUUGGGAUGCGCUGGCAAUACAAGAGCCCAGACACAGUGCUUUCGAUCUAGACACACCCAUAUUCGAAUUGUUGCAAGACGAUCUGCUCGAGGCGAGCCAACAGGAAUACUCGCUAUAUCGAGACCAGCUAGCGUUGACAGAGAGGCACCUGGAUACUCUCAUUCAAGACACCAAUGGGGCCCUAGAUAUCCUGGCCUCGCUAGCCGACUCGUUCCGAGCAGUCGAGGACCAGACCAGCUCCUUCAAGUCUCAGUGCGACGACCUCCUCACUGAACAGAAGCGCCUGCAGAAGCUGGCAGAUGAAGUUGGGACCGACCUCUACUACUACACCUACCUCGACAAUGUAACGCGGCGGCUCAAUGCACCCGGCGCCAGCCGCCUUGUGGAUGACGAAGUCUUUGAGGAGAUUCUCACAAACCUUGACGCGUGCAUAGCGUUCAUGACAAAGAAUCCAAACUACCGAGACGCCGAGUCGUAUCUGGCUCGAUACCAAGCCCUUUUGACCAAAGCCCUGCACCUGCUAGAGGUUGGAUUUGUGAGUAGGUUAGACAAGUCUUCUGCCGACAUGGCGAAACAGAUCGCGGCCACGCAGUCGGAAGCUGCUCGGCAUGCUCUGGCAUAUGGCCGCUUUGAGGAGCUGCUGCUAGACUCUUACUCUCUCUUACCAAACAUACGCAAUGUCCUCUCAAAGGCCUUUGAUGAGUAUGGCAGUCCCAAGUCUGGACAGAGUGUUGACAUCUACAGCAAUACUGCCAAGAAUAUUUUUCUGGCGUACUUGGGGACACGAGAUCGGGAUCUAAAGCCAAUAAUUCAAAAGGAGAUCGAGGCCUUCAGAAAUGACGCCAAGGAAACCUCGCCCGAGACGGCCUCAAGGAACUUCGUCAAGCAAUGCUUUGAGCGGUCGUAUCACGAAGCCCAACUAUUCACCAAGCUCUUUGAGAUGGAGCCGGGAUAUAGUACCGACACGGCUUCGGCGUUCAUGGCCAUCAAAGGCCACAGGAGCGACCUGGUCAACGGUGUCAAUGUGGCCCCUAUCGCGACCCAGCUACAGUCGGUUCUGGUUCCCUCAGAAUUGAAAGUCGCUUGCAAUGUUCUCGGAUGGAUGACUCAUGAGUACCUCGUGUUGGACUAUGACGAGGACGAGACGCCCUUCGCUAGGCACUGCCGGGAACUCACAGCACGCCUUCUGACCGAGCACCUGUGGGCGUUCACGGAUGCAGCAUUUGAAGCCGAGAUUGCCAAGUCCAUUUCCAAAGUGCCUGUGGUCGUGGAUGCUCUAAAGAUUGGACCGGUCGUCGACGGGGUGGCAUCGUCCAAUGCAUAUCCGCCGGUCAAGCGCGCCUUGGAGCUGCUCGACUUGUUCGAUCAGUCCAUGCCCAAGGAGCGAUGCCAACGAGACAGCCCGGUGGUUUUCAAGAUCGUCAAGGAGGCCAUCCAAGCGCUGCACCGCGCCGAGGCUCGCCUCAAGCCCCUGAAGACGGGUACCGACUCGGACCUGUUCAUGAUCAAGAAUCUCCUCAUUCUGAAGAACGAGUUGGUGUCCUUGGAGAUAGGAGACAUCCGCAGCCAGGAUCCAGGAAUGCAGCAUUUUGGGCAGAUAUGGGAUGCCCUGAGUGUGGCGCAGAACCUGGUGGGCUACUUCAGCAGCUUCAUCCCGGGCUCGUCGUUAUGGUCUCGUGGUUCUCCCGGCCCGGGGGGUGCCAAGAACGGCACGCCGGCGGUGGCGCCGGAGCAGCAAGACGCCAGCGACCAGCUGGACGAGCUCCUGAGAAAGUCCAUCUACGCGUUUACGCAGCGGUGGGGCGAUGUGAUCAACGAGGCCACGGGCAGGCAGCUGGGCGGCAAGAACCUCGUCAAGGUGGAGAGGGAGCUGGAGGCGAUGCUGCAGAACGCAUUCAGCAACCAGCCCGAGGUCAUCGCCAAGCUCAAGGAGGCGAUCCAGAUGCAUGCGCAGGCGCAGAACGAGCGGAAGGGGAGCAAGAUCACGAGAGUCUAG